CUUUUUUUUUUUUAUUUUUUUUUAUUUUUUGUAUUUAUUUGUGACUGCCUUGGGAGUUUCUGGAUUUACUUUGAUGAAGGCAGGCUAAAGAGCGCCACUAAUACAUUUUUAUUUUUAUUAUUAUAUUCACAAAACUCUCUUAUUAAUACACAAUAAUAUUUUCACCUUUAUUCAACAAUUUGAUAAAUUUUAUUAUUAUUAUUUAUGUUUUGAAAAUAAAAUUAAUACUUUAUUUCAAUGAAAAUUAAAUUUUUAUUUUUUUUCUUUAAAUAAUCACACUGUAGUCAACAAAUAUUCAUGUGAAUUUAUAUUUAUACACAAACAUCACCUCAAGGACAAAACUUUGCAUAUUAUUAUUUUUUUUUUUUUUCUCAAAAAUGAAUUUUUUUUUUUUUUUCUUUUUUUUUCCCCAGCGAUGAAAAUAUUCGCGAUUUAUAAAAAAUACGUUAUAAAAAUUAAUGAAUAUUUAAUUAUCUAUUAAAAGUAUAUUUUCAUUGCAAAAAAAAAAAAAGAAAAAAAAAAAUAUAUGAUAGAAGAAAAAAAAAAAAAAAGAGGAUGCUGAGAAUGUGUGACACAACUGCGUAGGGGGUAAAGGAUUAAACCAACAGGGUGGUGUGUAAUAAUAAAAAAAAAAAAAUUGUCCUCUCACUUAAUCACUUGUAUUGUUAUUUUAAUUUAUGAUGCGUCCAAAAAUAUUAAUAGAUAAAAACUGUUUAACUAUAUAUACAACUAAACACAAUAAGAAACAGACGAUAACUGAACUCUGAAGAACACAACAGACAACUUUCAGGGAAAUACACACAAAAAAAAAAAUUAGUGAAGCAGUUGCUGCUGUUUCUUUACCGAAAAUGUCGUCUGCCUGGUUCAGGAACGUAUCAUCAUAUAAAAAUACCCUGACAAAUUAAAAUCCCCACAAAAACCUCAUAAAUAUUCACUUAAAAUUUUCAAAAAUUUAAAUAAACAAAUAAAUUUUUUUAAAUAUAAAAAAUAAACAAAAAUCCUGUUAUUAUUAAAAAUAAAAAACAUUAACAAAUUAUCAUGUUACGUCCCUGAAUAUAACGUCAUAAAAUAAUCGAUAAAUUCUCGAUUGUAAAAUGUUCAUUCGAUUAUUAUAAAAAAUAUAUUUUUUAAUUCAGCAAUAUCAGUUGACACUUUGACAAGUAAAUCUACCAGUUGACCUCAGUAUUCUUGCCGGUUGUUAAAUAACAAACAAAGAAGAAUCAAGAGCUUCCAUAAACAAAGUGUCAAAAUAAUUAUAAAUAUUCAUCAAAAUGAGUGAAAAGGAAAAUAUUUUUGUCUUUGUUCCAAAUAUCAUUGGAUAUGCUAGAAUAAUACUAGCAUUGAUAUCAUUUUGGUUUAUGGAAAAAAAUCAUAUUAUUGCAAUAUGGUGUUAUGUGAUAAGUGCAUUGUUGGAUGCAGUUGAUGGACAUGCUGCAAGAUAUUUUAAUCAAAGCACCAAAUUUGGUGGUAUGCUUGAUCAAUUGACUGACAGAUGUGGAACAAUGUGUUUACUUGCAAGUUUGAGUAUGUUUUAUCCUGAUUAUGCAUUUUGGUUUAAAUUAAGUAUGGCUAUUGAUAUAUCAUGUCACUGGUUAUAUUUACACACAACAAUACUGCAGGGUAAAACUAGUCAUAAAUUUAUUGACAUGUCAGGGAAUCCAAUAAUGAGAGUUUAUUAUACAAAUAAACUUGUUUUAUUUAUAAUGUGUGCUGGAAAUGAAGGAUUUUAUGCUGCUCUGUACCUAUUACAUUUCACCGAAGGACCAAUUUUAUUCGGGAUGAGUUUAUUCAGAGCAAUCAUGUUUGUUUGUGCUCCAGUUGCAUUUGUCAAAACAGCAAUAUCACUUAUUCAUGGAUAUGUUGCUUCUAUUAAUAUUGGAAUCAUUGAUGUCAAAGAACGUCAAGCAUUACGUCGUAGAGAAUAAAUAAAAAUUAACAACAAAUAAAAUAAUACGUUCCAUUUUACUUAAAA